AUGCCCACUUCAUCAAGCAUGAUUAGUGAUUAUCAAGUUCCUGAAAGCAUGUUCCAAGAGCAACAACAUGACAACAUUCCCAGUCAACAAGGUCACCUUGUCAAGUACUCCUGUGUAGACAAAGAAGGACAUAGGAGCGCAGGUGGUGUGAAGAAAUCUAACAAGCCAGAGAUGGUAAAGGGGAAAACUAGAAUACCAGAGGCGGACAAGAACAUUGUUGGAAGAUCAAUAGCAGAUACUGCUGACUCAAAUGCUGUUGACCAAAAUAAGCAAGCAUCCACUAUGCCAGGGUCAGGAUCCUACAGUCUUGGUGGGUCCGACUGGAGAAAGCAACAUGUUGAUGGCAAAAUUAGCCAGAAUAACUCCGAUGGCAAAAAGAGGGAAAGGGAGAAUGAUUAUUCAUGUACUAUCAGCAUGAACUGUAAUCAAAUAUUAGAGGGCGACAUCACUAGUCCUGACAAGCAGUCGUCUCAAAAUCAUGUGUCUAGCAAAAUAAACGUCCAAGACAAGACAAAAGGUAUGCAUACGAGUGAUGAGGACAAUAUUGUGAAAGAAUCCAUUGACUCUGUUGUUCUGGAGAAGUCGUCCUGCUGCUCUGAUCCUGGUAUCAAGAUCAGAGAUAUCAAUAUUAUUACAUAUAAUGAUGGUGGUGUUGAUCAGAUCUGGGCCCUUUGGGAUAACAUUGAUCGUAUGUCAAGAUCCUUUAUGAUAAAAUGUGUUGGUCAUUCGAAGUGUUUAUAUUGGAUGAAGUUCUAUCCACUGUCUGAAGAAGAGAAAGAAUGGAACAACAAAAGUUUGCUAGUUACUUGUGGAAAGCUUAGGAGAAAAAGUCAGUAUAUUAGAAUACAGUUCCUUGUAUUCUCGUACUGUUGA